GUCAGAGUUUACAACAUUGAACCCUAAAUCAUUAUGUUCCCAAAAUCAAAAUUUCACUCCUCGAGAGUAGCGAGAAGAAGAAGGAGAUGAGCAAGAUCCGUUCGUCUGCGACAAUGCCACAUCGCGACCAGCCGUCACCGGCGUCUCCUCACGUCGUUACACUCAACUGUAUAGAGGAUUGUGCGCUCGAGCAAGACUCCCUCGCCGGCGUUGCUGGUGUCGAAUACGUCCCGCUCAGCCGCAUCGCCGAUGGUAAGAUCGAGUCCGCCACCGCCGUUCUCCUCCAUUCCCUCGCUUAUCUUCCACGCGCAGCUCAACGCCGACUCCGUCCUCACCAGCUCAUUCUCUGCCUUGGCUCUGCUGAUCGCGCUGUCGAUUCGACUCUCGCCGCCGACCUAGGUCUCCGACUUGUCCAUGUCGAUACUUCCCGAGCCGAGGAAAUCGCGGAUACUGUAAUGGCGCUUAUCCUUGGACUCCUUCGACGGACGCAUUUACUCUCGCGACACGCUCUAUCGGCGUCUGGAUGGCUCGGAUCGCUUCAGCCUCUUUGCCGGGGAAUGAGACGGUGCCGUGGUAUGGUUUUGGGUAUCGUUGGCAGAUCUGUAUCCGCUCGGUAUUUGGCUAGUAGAAGCUUAGCUUUCAAGAUGAGUGUGCUAUACUUCGAUGUCCCAGAGGGAGAUGAAGAACGAAUCAGGCCCUCAAGAUUCCCACGCGCUGCGCGAAGAAUGGAUACAUUGAAUGAUCUUCUAGCAGCAAGUGAUGUAAUUUCGCUUCAUUGUGCAUUAACAAAUGACACGGUUCAGAUACUCAAUGCAGAGUGUUUGCAGCAUAUAAAACCUGGGGCUUUUCUUGUAAAUACUGGAAGCUGCCAGCUGUUGGAUGAUUGUGCUGUGAAACAACUUCUAAUUGACGGCACUAUCGCUGGCUGCGCCCUUGACGGUGCUGAAGGUCCGCAAUGGAUGGAAGCAUGGGUGAAGGAAAUGCCAAAUGUGUUAAUUCUACCUCGCAGCGCAGACUACAGUGAGGAAGUAUGGAUGGAGAUAAGGGAGAAGGCCAUCUCUAUCUUGCAUUCAUUUUUCUUAGAUGGUGUCAUACCAAGUAACACUGUUUCUGAUGAGGAAGUUGAGGAAAGUGAAGCAAGUGAAGAAGAAGAACAAUCACCUAUCAAACACGAGAAAUUAGCAAUAGUGGAAUCCACCAGUAGGCAACAGGUAGAAAGUUCUCUCACCAGCACUGAGAUCGUUCAUAGAGAGGCUAGUGAGUUAAAGGAAUCUCUGAGCCCUGGUCAGCAACACCUUUCUCAAAAUACUGCUGUAAAACCUGAAGGAAGACGUAGCAGAUCCGGUAAGAAAGCCAAAAAGAGACAUUCACAGCAAAAAUACAUGCAAAAAGCGGAGGGUUCCUCAGGGUUAAAUGAAGAAAGUACUUCACGAAGAGAUGAUAUUGCUAUGAGUGACACGGAAGAAGUAUUAAGUUCCAGUUCUAGAUGUGCAUCUCCUGAAGAUUCCAGAAGUAGGAAAACACCUCUUGAAGUAAUGCAAGAGUCUUCCCCAAGUCAGCUUGUAAUGUCAAGUAAGAAGUUCAUUGGAAAGUCUAGUGAGCUGCUGAAAGAUGGAUAUGUUGUAGCCUUAUAUGCGAAAGACCUCUCGGGUCUUCACGUUUCCAGGCAAAGAACGAAAAAUGGUGGUUGGUUCCUCGAUACUUUGUCCAAUGUAUCCAAACGGGAUCCUGCUGCACAAUUCAUCAUCGCAUACAGAAACAAGGACACUGUUGGUCUGAGAUCAUUUGCUGCUGGUGGGAAGUUACUGCAGAUCAAUAGAAGAAUGGAGUUUGUGUUUGCUAGCCAUAGUUUUGACGUGUGGGAGAGUUGGAGUCUAGAAGGUUAUCUGGACGAAUGCCGGCUUGUAAACUGCAGGAAUUCCUCUGCGGUGUUGGACGUUCGUGUGGAAAUAUUGGCAAUGGUAGGAGAUGAUGGUCAUUGUUUACCCAUGAGUAUGAAUCUACCGGGUUACAAUACUCUUCCCCACGCGGCAACAACGAUACCGGUUUCCAUACGGAGCAAUACGAUGUCGUUUAUUGAGGAUCCAACAAAGAAGAUUAGGAAGCCUUACACAAUCACCAAGUCUAGAGAGAACUGGACGGAGCAAGAACACGACAAGUUUCUUGAAGCUCUUCAUUUAUUUGACCGGGAUUGGAAGAAAAUCGAGGCCUUUGUUGGAUCAAAAACAGUGAUACAGAUACGAAGCCACGCACAGAAAUACUUUCUCAAAGUUCAGAAGAAUGGGACUAAAGAACAUCUCCCACCUCCUCGACCAAAGAGGAAAGCCAAUCAUCCCUAUCCACAGAAGGCUCCUAAAUUUGCUCUUACUUCUUCAAACGCAUUGCUUCAACAUGACUACUUAUACAGCACUAAUUCGCAUCCCCGUAAGCAUGGAUUAGUGCCUUGCGAUGUUAAUAUACCAACUACUGUGAUCAAAGAGGAAGUGGGUGGCUCAGAGAACUGUUGCAGCACUAGUAGUAGGAGUAGAGAUAAGCAGAGGACUCGAACUGUUACAGAGCCAAAUGACCAAGAAAAUUGUGGAAAGCCACAUAGAGUGAUGCCGAAUUUCGCAGAAGUUUACAGCUUCAUAGGAAGUGUAUUUGAUCCAAAAACAACAGGUCAUGUCCAGAGAUUAAAGGAAAUGGAUCCAAUAAAUCUAGAAACGGUCCUCUUACUGAUGAGAAAUUUAUCUGUAAACCUGACGAGUCCCGAGUUUGAAGAACAACGGAAGUUGAUAUCAUACAACACCAGAUAGAAUGAGAAGAUAGCUGUGGAAGUCUCUAAUGGUAGUCUCACUGCCUAAGUGUCGGAGUUACAUGUCGAGCUCUCGCUUUCUGUGAGUGGACUAAAUGAAUGAACCGGUUGUACAUACAAGUCACAAAAGUUUGAAACAUCUUAGGAGAUAGACAAAGCCUGCGUAGAAAGACAGACAUUAGCGUUUGUUUUGUAGUAUUCAAUGGUUACUUAGGUUUUUUUAUACGGAAUGGACUAAUUAAUAACAGUACUGGUUUUGA